AUGCUAGAACAAGAAGCAUUGGUGGACUGGAACCACAGCAUGGAUAAUGAGGCAGGGGCUAUCUGCAGAGCGUUGAGGAAAAUCGCUCUGCUGUCAGGCAUCCCUCCGGAGCGUCGCCCGAGUCCGCGAAGAUCCACUUCAUUUUCUGGGCGCUCGGCACCUCACUUCCGCGUGCGGCCAAUGUUGAGCGUGGCUCUUUCAUCAGUGAUGUACUCUGUAGUCCAUACUCCUAUCAGCUUGACAAAACAGAUGCCCCCCCCCCCCUUGCCCUGUCCAUUGAGAGUGAAAGAGAACUUUCACUUCAGAUUGGUAACUUCGAUCAGUCGCAGCGCUGUCAACAUAUUGAUAUACUAG